AUGUUCAAUUAUAAUAUUUGCAGAUCCCCCAUGAAUAUAUUAUUAACCAAUAAUAUUAUGGAUAGAUAUUUUGCAUACACAUACACAUUAAUAUUAUUAUUAAUUGGAUAUUCUGGAUGUUCUGAUAAACCUACUGACACACAAGGUUCUAACUCUAAUGAAGAUAAUCUUCCCUCAAUUGGACGAUUAUCAUUAGUAGAUUAUAAUGAUUCUGAUGAAGAAGAUAAUUUUCAGGUAAUAGAAACUAGUGAAACUCAAGAAGAACAGACCGAAGGAAUAACAGAAACUACUGAAACUCUGACUGAACCUGUUAAAGAUGUAGAAACACAGGAAGAUCAAGAGCAACUUGAACCUCAUCCACAACCUCAACCUCCAGUAUAUUAUAUAGUAGGACCACAACCAGAUCCAGGAUAUUAUCCAGUGUAUCAACCACCUAUACAACCUACACCUUAUGAACAAUAUUAUCAACCACCACAACAACCUUAUCAACCAAUAUACGUACCAUAUCAACCUGAGUUUCAGCAAAUACCUUAUCAACAAUAUCCUCUACCAAUUCCUAUACAACCACCUUAUCAACAGCCCACUCCUUAUCAUCCUUAUGUGCCACAACCUACACCUCAGUAUGGACCUUAUCAACCUACUCAACAAUAUUAUCCUGAACCAUAUCAACAGUAUCAACCAUAUCCACAACCUUAUGGACCAGAAGCUCAAGCAACUGUACCACAACCUUAUCCUGAAAUACAAGAAAGUAAAAUAUUUGGACCAACAGAAGAUGUUAAGAAGGGGAAAAUCUGUAAUACAAUAAGAUUUAUGAAGAUGGAUAAAGAGGGUAGUUUACUUCCCAUGAUUGAAGGACUAGACUACAAAUUGAUGUGGAAAAAUGCAAAUAAAAAGAAAUAUGAAUUUAUGGAAAAUUUUGUGAUGUUACUUUGUGAUAAUGAAGUUGCUUAUUUCAGACAAUCUCCCAAAAGAUUUUGUAGAUAUAUAAUAUAUAAUAUGAAAAAUGGAGAUUUUACUAUUACAUGUGAUAAAGGAAUGGCUCUAAUCUUUAAAUCUGAUCAUAAAUGGAAAAAGGUAGGACGCUCAGUUCCAGAUUACAUUAAAUUUUAUUCUCAAGAUUCUGAAGGAUAUGUAAUGUUGAUAAUUGAAAAACACUAUUAUAUUCAACUCAGUCCAAAGGGUUCAUUAAAAUACAAAUUUAAAAAAUCUGUAAAGUGUAGUAAAAUAAUAGUUAGAGAUCAGGCAGUUUGGGAAAAAACCUCAAAUGAAAAUCAUCCUAUAGCAGUUUUAGUCACAAAAAGAACAAAUUUGUUGGUGUUUUUCGAAGAUUAUUUUGUUUUAUUCAGUAAAAAACAAGGAAACUAUACAAAAUUAUUCAGUCAAAAAAAACAUGAAGGUUAUAAUGAUUAA